GGCGCACCAGAACACUCAAGCACACACCACCAGCACAAGAACACACGUAAUGGCAAUGACACCGAGAGUCCUUCUCCUCCUUGCUUUGGUGGCCGUAGCCAGCGCCACCUACUGCCCUCCGCCACCGGCGCCGGUUCCGGUGCCCCGCCAUGGCUCGUGCCCCCAGAACGCGCUCAAGCUGCACGUGUGCGCCAACGUGCUGGGCCUGGUGAAGGCCAAGAUCGGCGUGCCCCCCACUGAGCCCUGCUGCUCGCUCCUUGACGGGCUCGUCGACCUGGACGCCGCCGUCUGCCUCUGCACCGCCAUCAAGGCCAACGUUCUCGGAAUCCACCUCAACCUCCCCAUCGACCUUAGCCUCAUCCUCAACAACUGCGGAAAGAUAUGCCCGGAAGACUUCCAGUGCAUCCACUAGCAAAUCAGCUAUACGUGCUAUCAAUCGAUCGAGAGAUUUCAUUUGCUUCUGUUCCCUACUUUUAUUUGUUUCUUGUAUACCGGCGAUUUGACAUGUGUGUAUGUUCUUUCUUUCACAUGAUCAUACCUGAUAUUUGAAUUAUUUGAAUCAAUAAAGUGGUAAUUUUGUGA